AGAUAUUAGCUUUGUGAAAUAAUGUCAUGAAUAUUUGACGUCAUUUUUUCAAAAUUGUUACCUCGAUUAGUAUUGAUAGUAUACUGGACAUUUGUGGUAAAAGCAAAAUAUAAAUAUGUCAGCACGUAAAAACGUUCAAAGUGGAUUUCAACCGGAUUCCGAUGUUUAUAUUACAUUCGAAGAUCAACAAAAAAUUAACAAAUUUGCACGGCAAAAUGCUAAAAUGGAUGACUUGAAAAUAGAAUUAAAAAUUAAACAGAACGAAUUAAAAAACUUAGAAGACGCAUGUGAUGAAAUAGCUCUUUUUGAUGAAGAUGCAAAAAUUCCAUAUUACAUUGGUGAAAUAUUUAUUUAUGAAGACUUAGAAAAAACACAGAAUUACUUAGAUGAAGUUAAAGAAAAGAAGAAACAGGAAAUUUCAAAUCUGGAAAGCAAAUAUGUUGAUUUAAAGCAACUCAUAAAUGAUUUAAAAGUACAACUGUAUGCAACAUUUGGUAAUCGUAUAAAUUUAGAAGCAGAUGAAGAUUAA